AUGACAUGUAAUCAACUACUGACCCGCCAACAGUACGCCUACCAGCCCGGGCGCUCGACGGUUGACGCCGCGCGCGACGUGGUGGCGCGCGUUCUCCAGCACCUCGACGACGGGCGUCAAGUCGCAGCCGUAUUCUGCGACUUGUCGCGUGCCUUCGAGAUGAUUGACCACGCGCUUCUACUAGACAAGUUGUCACGCUACGGCUUCACUGGCAGUUUCUAUGAUACUAUAGCCUCGUUUUUGAAUAAUCGUAGACAAUGCACCUGUGUCCACAAUUCGAGGUCACAAAUGGAACCUAUAGGCAGUUGCUCCGUUCCUCAGGGCUCCUCGACGGGCAAUAACCUGUUUUUAGUAUUAAUUAAUGACAUCACAUCCGCCUGCGAUGAUCCAGAGUACGUAAUGUUCGUGGAUGACACGUGCAUCAUUGUUAACGCUGACAACAUUGAUCAACUAAAAUCCACGUUAUCGAUGAUAAUGCUCAAAAUGUCUCGAUGGUUUUCUGCUAACGGGAUGUUACUCAACGUAGACAAAACUAACAUAAUACACUUUAAACUAAAAAAUAAAGAUAAUACUCAACUAGAUAUCUCAAUAAACAACGUCACUGUCCCACAGGUCCAGGAGACUAGGUACCUCGGGUUUAUUAUUGACUCAGGAUCAGGACUGACCUGGGCUCCCCAUAUUGAUCAAAUAUGCAAUAAAGUGGCCUCGGCAUGCUUUGCAUUGUCUAGGCUUGCCCCUACGUUAUCUACCAACAAUCUCAAAAAAUCAUAUUUUGGAUAUUUUCAUUCUAUCCUCAUACAAGGAAUGGAUCUAUGGGCCACAUCUGCUGAUCGAGAUAGACCAUUUAAACUACAGAAGCGAGCAUUACGAAUCAUUGCUAGAAAAACGGCCGACCACCCGGCUAGGGAUCUGCUCAGACACUUCAAAAUCUUGACGCUGCCCAGUGUAUACAUACUAACUGCAUGCCUAUACGUCAGAGCUAAUAAGCACAACUACUCAGCGUACGGUAUUAGAAGCGAUAGAUGUCGCGCCCGAAAUCUACUCGCGCCCCCGCGUCGACGGUUGGCCAAAGCCCGAGCAUCUCUCAGCGUCUUCGGGCCUAAAAUAUAUAAUAAAAUUCCAAUUGAUAUUAGAAAUGUAGGCAGUGACACAAUUUUCAAAAAUAAAUUAAAGGCUUUACUUAUUAAAUUAGCCUGUUACGAUAUAAACGAACUCGAAAUACCUAAGGGAUAA